AUGGUCUGGCCUGGUCUGGUGUGGAUCUUGUUGGUCUCUGGACUCAUUUGGGUUUUGGCUUUUGACGAGAGACCAGACUUAAACCACAAUGAGGACGUGCUCCACCCAAGCUCCAUCUCCGACACAGAGAACUGGGAGGUCUCCAACGCAGACUGGAACCAAGACCGGGACCAAAACCAGGAUCAAAACCAGGAUCUAGACCAGACUGAGAACCAGACUCAACACGAGAACGCUUCAGUCUGCGGGGACUUCAGCAGUGAGGUGACUCCUAAUGGCCGCUGCCUGAUCCGCGCCACCCUGCCCGCCGGAUCCGGGUCAUCGCCGCGAGAACGCUGCCCCGACCUGUUCCGCUGCCAGGCCGAGGCGUCCGAUUGGUGGAGGGAGGCAGGUGACAGGAAGCAGCGGGUGGAGCAGGUUCAGGAAGCAGUGAACGAGAUGAAGCUGGAGAUCCAAGAGCAUCAGAGAAGAGUUAAGAACCUGGAGAUACAGUCGGAGGGUCAUGUGACUGUGAACUCGUCUGUGAUUGGUCGGUUGCGGGCGCUGGAGUUGCUUCACUCUGAAGUGUCCACUCUGCUUCACGUGCACGCCGCGCUCAUGCACGAGAUCCAGACUCAAGUCCAGAACCUGACCAAGACCCUGAGCACCUCCUGUACCCCGUCCCACCCAAGACCAAAGCCUAGGACCAUCAAGACCCCCCCAAGACCAGCUGCUCCUCUGGGUUCCUGUCCUUCUGACUGUGCCUCUUUGAUCCAAAACGGCGUCCAUCGCUCUGGGAUCUACUCCGUCGCUGUGGCACCGGGCGUUUCACUUCCUGUUUACUGUGACAUGGAGACUGACGGGGGAGGUUGGACAGUGUUCCAGAGGCGGCGUGAUGGCUCCGUCAGCUUUAAUCGUGGCUGGGACCAGUACCGGGUCGGGUUUGGGGAUCUCAGGUCCGAGUUCUGGCUCGGGAACACAGCGCUCCACCUGCUGGUCACUCACAGACACUGCAGCCUGAGGAUACACCUGCUCGACUGGGCCCACGUGCACCACCACGCUCUCUACAGGGACUUCAGGGUCGAGGAUGAGCAGAGCCGGUUCCGCCUGCAUGUUUCUGGGUUUUCCGGGUCUAUCUCGGACUCGUUCGCAUGGUACCACGACGGCCAGGACUUUGGGACCCCGGACUCUGGGAACCUCUGUGCUGAAGUCUGCCACAGCGGCUGGUGGUUCAGGCAGUGCUACCAGACCAACCUCAACGGAGUCUACUACCAGGGUGGGCUGUACUCCCUCAGAGCCCAGAACCUUCUUAGUCCUGAUGGUCUGGUCUGGUUUUCAUGGGCGGACACGGACUUUUACUCCCUAAAGUCCAGUUCUAUGAUGGUCCGCCCUCUGGACUUCAGACCUCACAGGUCGCCAUAGAAACAAGAUGAGAUCUGCGGAGGAGCGAGGCUGAAGGCACUGUCCAGCUGCCACAGACUAGUUAGACCGCCACAGGGCUGCUGGUAGUAGUAGUAGUAAUAGUGGUAGUGAACACAGCACUCCACCUUCUGGUCACACACAGACACUGCAGCCUGAGGAUAUAUCGACUGGGCCCACGAGGACCACCACGCUCUCUACAGAGACUUAAGGUAGAACUAAACCAGGAUUAAACCAAGACUAAAGCAGGACUGAAGCAGUACUAAAUCAAGACUAAACCAGGAUUAUUAAGGGCACAAGUGUAUAAUGAGGACAUGGGACAGGUUAGACAAAGUGCUCCCAGUGACUCUGGGAAGGCAAAUCAUUGGAGCAACGAGUGUGAUGUUUUUUAUGAACUGAUUAAACAAGAGCGAGAGAAAAGCCACAGCACACCUGGAAAAGAGUUUGAUUUGAGACACUGAACUUUUCAGGUCAUUCUGAUCUGAGGAGGGAGGAAAGACAAGACCCCUCCUCUCCCGGUCGAUCCCAACAUGAAAAGCUUUGCGUUCAUCAAAUGAAUAAUUCAACAAUAAACAUCUGUGUGUUCCAGUCUAAUGUCUCUGAAGAGGUGGGGCGGAUCAGCUCUGCAGAUGUUUAUUGCUGAAUUAUUAUUCAUUUAAUGAACACGUGGAAAAUUCCAGGCAAGGCUUUCCAUGGAGACAAACAGGCAGAGGAUCCUCGACCAAAAAUGCUACACAGUGCACCUUUAACACUGCUACACUGAUAACGAGCUCUAUUUUUGUUUUAAGAAUUUGAGUGAAUCUGUAGUUUGCUAAAGUUAACACUUUAGAACAUUUGUUACCUAUACUUACUGUGCCUCCUUUUGUCUGCUUUUUAAGUAAAUACUUUUCAUGAAUAAAUGCACUUUUGGGUGAGCA